AUGUCUUCGAAGAAGAAAACACCUCGCAAAGGAAAAAAAGGAAAAGGAAAAGUCCUAGUACCAAAAUGGAAACUGUUCCGAGCCAAAGAGCCGCUUCUUUCCGUUUUCAUGUGGGGUGUCAAUCAUUCAAUCAGUGAGCUAAUGCAUGUGCCGCCGCCGGGCCUUCUGAUGCCGGAUGAUUUCAAGGCUUCUGUUAAAAUCAAAGUUGACAAUCACUUUUUUAAUAAGGACAACAUGCCAAGUCAUUUCAAAAUCAAAGAUUACUGCCCAAAUGUCUUCCGAAAUCUUCGCGACCAUUUUGGUGUUGAUCAAAACGAAUAUUUGGUAUGCUUUUUUUGUUUCCUCAAAUAUUUAUAG